AUGGCCCUACCACCAGGUCUACCACCAGGUCUACCACCAAGGUCUACCACAAGGUCUACCACCAGUCUACCACCAUGGCCUACCACCAGGUCUACCAGGUCUACCACCAAGGUCUACCACCAGGUCUACAGGUCUACCACCAAGGUCUCACCAAGGUCUACCACACCAUGCUACCACCAAGGUCUACUACCACCAGGCCUACCACCAAGGUCUACCACCAAGGUCUACCACCAAGGUCUACCACCAGGUCUACAGGCCUACCACCAGGUCUCCAAGGUCUACCACCAGGUCUACUCAAGGUCUACCACCAAGGCCUACCACAAGGUCUACCACCAAGGUCUACCACCAUGCCUACCAAAGGUCUACCUGGCCCAAGGUCUACCACCCAAGGUCUACCAAGGUCUACCACCAUGGCCUACCAAGGUCUACCACCAGGUCUACCACCAGGCUACAGGUCUACCACAAGGUCUACCACCAAGGUCUACCACCUGGUCUACCACAAGGUCUACCAGGUCUACCACCAAGGUCUACCACCAAGGCCUACCAAGGUCUACAAGGUCUACCACCAGGUCUCUGGUCUACCACCAAGGUCUACCACAAGGUCUACCACAGGUCUCUCCAAGGCCUACCACCAAGGUCUACCACCAAGGUCUACCAAGGUCUACCCAUGGUCUACCACCAGGUCUCCAGGUCUACCUAGGUCUACCACAGGUCUACCACCAGGUCUACCACCAGGUCUACCAGGUCUACCAAGGUCUACCACCAAGGUCUACCACCAUGGUCUACCACCAAGGUCUACCUGGGUCUACCACAGGUCUACCACCAAGGUCUACCAAGGUCUACCACCAAGGCCUACCACCAGGUCUACAAGGUCUACCACCAAGGUCUACCACCAAGGCUACCACCAAGGUCUACCACCAGGUCACCAGGUCUACCAAGGUCUACCACCAGGUCUACCACCAUGGCCUACCACCAGGUCUACCACCAAGGUCUACCAGGUCUACCACCAAGGUCUACCACCAAGGUCUACCACCAAGGUCUACCAAGUCUACCACCAUGGCCUACCACCAAGGUCUACCACCAGGUCUACUACAGGUCUACCACCAAGGUCUACCACAAGGCCUGGGGUCUACCAAGGUCUACCACCAAGGUCUACCACCAAGGUCUACAAGGUCUACCACCAAGGUCUACCACCAGGUCUACCACAAGGUCUACCACCAAGGUCUACAGGUCUACCACCAGGUCUACCACCAUGGCCUACCACCAGGUCUACAAGGUCUACCUGGGUCUACCACAGCCUACCUGGGUCUACCACAAGGUCUACAAGGCCUACCACCAGGUCUACCUGGGUCUACCACAAGGUCUACCACAAGGUCUACCACCAAGGUCUACCACCAAGGCCUACCACCAGGUCUACCACCAAGGUCUACCACCAGGGUCUACCACCAAGGUCUACCACCGGCCUACAAGGCCUACCACCAAGGUCUACCACCAAGGUCUACCACCAAGGUCUCCAGAAUCUGA